GAUAUUUUCGAACGACUGGAACUUAAGGAAGAACAGUUUUCCGUAUUCGAAUCAGCGACUGAGCAAAACAUGGGGCGAUUAAGAGAGUCUGUGCUUGAAGUAGAUAAUUCAUUAGUAUUAGAAGACACAUCCAAGAAAUAUAUUGAAAAUAAGUUGCGACCUUUCUCUGAUCCUAUUUCUAAAGUAAAUAAAGAUCAUUAUAUGCAAUUUUGUAAAAUAUAUGGUAGAGAAAUUAGUGAAAAAUAUUGCUCGUCUUUGCUUCAAAAAGCCAUAUCACCAUCAACGACUAUGACUAAUAACCUUGGUGUUAAUGAUAACGGUGAUGAUUUUAUUGACGUAAAUGAUAUCGAUGAUGUGGAUAAUAUCGAUGAUGUGAAUAAUAUCGAUGAUGUGGAUGAUAUCAUUGAUAUGGAAGAUGAAAAUAAGUUUAUCAACGAAUUAUCUACAGAACAACAGAAUGAGGCUAAUGAUUUAUCUUUAGAAGCAUUAUUCAAGCGUGUUUUCAUUAAUGCUAAGCUUACCUGCUCAACACCAAUGGAAGUUCCAUACUUCUCCUCUCGUCUUUAUCCAGAUGUCUGUUUUCAUUGUGGUAAUAUAAAAAUCCUUUCACCAACUCCUGCUAGUUAA